CUGUAAUUUAACAAAAGAAUAGCUUGGCACACACAAAAUACUUUAAUAGGCAGACCGAACAGGUUUUUUUCUAUCAUAAUUUAAAUCCCUAAUUCUGUUUGAGAAACAGUUUAUUGCAGAUUUUUCCAAUGACAGCAUAUACUAGGUGUUUGCCAAGAAAGUGAAAGUGUGUAAGGCUUAGUGAAAGUGAAAGUGUGCCAAAUUAUUUGAGAGCAUAUGAGCGUACAGAAAAGUAUUGAACACAUUCAGAACCAUGGUAAAACUGUGUUUCUUUUUGCUUUUGCUUUCACUUUACACCAUCGUAAACGCAGGUAAAAUUAACUUUUUAUUCUCUGUCAUAUCUCAUUUAGUAUACAUCUUGAUUCUAGGAGCAGUGUGAGCACCAGCCUACAUGGUGUUUAGUACCAUACUGUAGAGAGUACAAAACUCCUAGGAAAACCGAGUAAAAUAUUUUCAGGAGCUUCUCAGACAUUGUAAAAAUAUUCACUGAUCUUGUUUUCACCUUCACUCACAUUCAGGAUCUCAUUCUCUGUGGGCAUUCGCAACUUGUAUCUCAGGAGAAGCACCUUUCCCUGAGUGUAGUGUUGUGUUGAUGCAGGAUGACAUUCAAGUUGGCUACUUUGACUCCAACAUGGAGCAGUUUAUCCACAAGGGACCUUACGCCCCAGACGAAACAGAGGUUGACGUAGCCCAAGAUGCAGCUUAUGUGUUUGGACACAUGUUCCUCAGCAUGAAAAGGCGACUGUCAGACCUGAGGUAUCGCUUUAAUUCCACAGGGAAUAUAGAUGUUCAGCAGAGAAUGACUGGCUGUGAGAUGUUGGAUACUGGUGAACCCGGCCUUAUUCUGUCCACAGAUGCUUUCAAUGCAAUUUUUGCUGAUUUAAUAUAUUACAACAUGACACAUUAUUCAUACAAUUCUGGAAACCUACUGUCGCCAUGGAGUGAGGUGCAUCAAACAUAUGCAAAAUGGCUUUAUCAGACCAUUUACCUACCCAUUUGCAUAAAAACAUUGAAGAAAUGUCUGGAGAGAUUGAAGAACUUUGUGAUGCGUAAAGUGUGUCCCAGAGUCAGGCUCAUACAGAAAGCCAUGUCUGGAGGUGCCCGUGUGAGCUGUCUGGCGUUUGGUUUUUACCCCCGCCACAUCAAUCUGACCCUGCUGAGAGACGGCCAGCCAAUAGUAGAACAGGAGAUGACUGGGGGUCAGUUGCUGCCCAAUGGAGACGGGACCUACCAGCUGAGAAAGAGUCUGGAGGUCAACACAGAGGAGCUGAGAGAGAGACACAACUACACCUGCACCACCUCCCACCUCAGUCUGGACAACAAGCUGAAUGUCAGCUGGAUACCUGAGUCUGGGAUCGACAGAGUGGGUCUUUAUGUCAAGUCAGCUCCACUGGCCAUGGUGGCCAUAAUUAUUCUACUCAGCAUUUUCGUUUGUGUAAGGAGGAGAAACACGGCUGGCUCCCAGACAUUGUCACAGCUCUCCAACGCAAAUUAUGCCCAAGUGGCUGAGCAAAUUAGCCUAUCUUCACAUUCUGAGACCUGAUAUAUUUGCUGCUGCCACUCAUGCAAAGACUUCAAAGUGAAAAGCCAAUACAUUGUAGGUUGAUCUAUAUUAUACAGUAUAUAGCUUAAUAAAGACAAGUAUUUUUAUGAUGCAGUGGUGCAUAAGCAAUCUGAAAAUGUGUACUGA